AUGGCUGAAACUGCUAUCGACGUUGCUGCUACGGCCCCUGCCGUCGUCGCCUCUCCGCCAGCCGCCAAAGCGCCACCGAAGCAGGCGGCCAAGGCUAGCAAGAGUGACGCCAAGAAACCGAAAAAAUCUUCAACCCAUCCACCAGUGAGUGAGAUGGUUCUGGCUGCCAUCCGGACCCUGAAGGAACGGAGCGGAUCAUCACUGCAGGCGAUCAAAAAGUACAUCGCCGCCAACUACAUGUGUGACGUCGCCAGGCUGGCUCCGUUUAUCCGGAAGGCUUUGAAAACGGGUGUCGAGAAGGGAAACAUCACCCAGACCAAGGGUACCGGUGCUUCCGGAUCGUUUAAGGUGACGGUCGAAGCAAAGAAACCGGCUGGCGAUAAGAAACCACCAUCGGGUGCAGCGAAAAAACCGAAGAAAUCGGCUACUAAAUCCGGGGAGAAGAAAAAUCCGCCGGCUGGUGGUGGUGAGAAGACCAGCAAGCCAAAGGCGGCGAUCCCGGCCGCUAAGAAAUCGGCUACGAAGAAAGCGAAAGCUGCUGCCCCUGCAAAGGCGAAUUUUCAUACGCAGGGGCUGUUUUAG